GAUCAGAACCAGGAGGGACCUCCAGAUUCACUUGGCUGGAACCCAUCUCCAGGAACAAAUAGCUGAACCCCUCUGCAGUUGGAGGGAAACUUCCAGAUUUUUGUAAGAUUCUUCCAUCUGGAUUAUGUGCUAGUAGGAAACACUUAUCCUGGAGGAGGGCAUGGCAACCUACUCCAGUAUUCUUUCCGGAAUAAUGCUGCGGACAGAAGAUCCUGGUGGGCUGCAGUCCAUACGGUCACAGAGAGUUGGUAACCACUGAGUGACUGAGUGGGGAUGCAAGAAACAUUUAUAAGUAAAUAGGAGCCUUUGUUGGAAGACAUGGUCAUGGUAUUGAGCCCCCUGUUUUUGGUUUUCAUGCUGGAUCUGGGCCUGACCCCACAAACCCUGGCUCAAAAUGAUGGGUACAUGGGAUUUUUAAGGAAGCACUAUGAUCCUAGCCCAGCAGGCCGCAAUGAUAGAUACUGUAACACCAUGAUGGAGAGACGAAACAUGACUAGACCCUGCAAAGACACCAACACCUUUGUUCAUGGCAACAGUGAUGACAUCAGGGCCAUCUGUGAUGAUAGGAAUGGAGAACCUUACAGAGACGGUCUUAGAAGAAGCAGGUCUCCCUUCCAGGUCACGACCUGCAAGCAUAAAGGAGGGUCCACCCGGCCUCCAUGCCGGUACAGAGCCUUCAAAGCAAACAGAAUCAUUGUUAUUCGCUGUCGAGGUGGCUUUCCUGUCCACCUUGAGGAGAACUUUAUCCCUCCAAGACCGUAGUCCAGAGCUGGCUCUGCUCUUCCUUCCUUGCAUUUCCCCCUUGCAUUAUGGCAACAUGCAUUGCUAAGAAUCCAGAACAUGAGCUGCUGAUCUUUUCUUUUAUGCUUUACAAGAUGCUUCAUAAAUAAAAAGUCUCUGAAAUCAGCAA